AGCGACCGCAAGCAGCUAGAAUGUGAAGGUGGAAUUGGUAAAAUCAAAUACGUCAGUGCAUUGGCAAUAUUGUAUUUUCGCAUGAUGUCAUUUCUCACAGACGAAAGAAUCAUUAUCAGUUUCUAGUUUGAUACAAUUUACGGUUAUACAAUAUACUGUUCCCAUCGAUCGAUUUUACUUCAGCGCGUCAACCAUUUGUUGGUUAACAAAUGUUGAAUUCUUGUUACUUGUUUUAGCCGUAUUUAUACAUUUUAUGCGAGGUGUCCGACACGGCAUAAAGAUCUACGAUGGUUUUCGAAUCGAUCGUUACCGAACUCCUGAACAAGGUGUUGGGAGAAUAUAUUCAAAAUUUGGAUAACUCGCAACUGAAGCUCAGUUUAUGGGGAGGCGAUGUUGUAUUAAAUAAUUUAUUGAUAAAAGAAACUGCAUUAGAUGUGUUGGAUCUACCUGUUAGAUUGGAGUUUGGAAGAUUAGGAAAGCUUAUAUUGAAAAUACCAUACAAAGAUAUGUGGAAUGGUCAAAUUGAUGCAAUUGUUGAGGAAUUAUUUCUACUUAUAGUUCCUACUAGUCAGAUUGUGUAUGAUGCUGAAAAAGAAGCAAAAGUACAGCUUGAUACUAAACGGGCAGAACUUGCAAGAGUUGAGAAAACAAAACAAUUGGCUGAUACUAAAUUACAAGAGAAGCUAGAUGAUUCCAUGAUCGAAAAACUCGUUGCUCGUAUGAUAAAGAAUAUUCAUGUUGAAAUUAAAAGAAUACACGUGCGGUACGAAGAUCAUGUUUCGUUUAAAGAUCAUCCGUUUUCGGUUGGUUUUACACUUAAUAAAUUUGUAUUAGAAAGUUGUACAGAUUCUUGGAACACAAAUGGCAAUUUGAAAGAUAUGUAUGCUAUUCCACAAAUUUAUAAGCUAUGUACACUGGACGGUUUAGCUGCAUAUCUGAAUACAACUGCAGAGCAAUUUAGUAGUAGUGAACAAUCGGACUAUUCGGGUCUUUUUUGCUCCGGUAUUGCAACUAUAGAUUACACUCCACCUGGUUAUCAAUAUUUGUUGGGCCCAAUAAACGUAAAUGCGAAAUUGAAGUUAAAUCCAAAACCAGAGACAGAUGGAAGUAAUUACACUAUUCCAAAGGUGUGGUUGGAUCUAGAAAUGCAAAAAUUGAGGAUAGGACUGGCGAAAAAACAAUACCAAACUCUCGUUCAAUUGGGCGAAGGGUUGGACCAAGCUCAAAAGGCUGCACCAUACAGAAAGUACAGACCAAAUUUGACAUCGUAUAGAGGACAUUAUAAAGAAUGGUGGCGUUUUGCAUACACUUGCAUCUUAGAAGAAACGGUACGUAGAAGCCGCAGGAAUUGGAACUGGAAUCAUAUGAAACAACAUAGGGACCUUUGCCGUCAAUAUGCUGACGUGUAUCAAACGAAAUUAACAAGCAAGAAAGUUGCACAGGAAAUAGAAGAUUGUCUUACAGAUUGUGAAAGGAAAUUAGAUAUUUUCAAUUUGGUCAUCAUCAGGCAACAAAUUGAAAUGGAAGUAGAAAGAUUGGCCGAAAAAGAGAAGAACUUAAAAGCAAAACGUGGUUGGUUUGGAUUUCUGUGGUCUGGUUCGCAAGCAGAAGAGACUGAAGACUUGAACUCAGCAGCUGCAAUAAUGCGGAAAUUCGAACAGGCGAUGACCCCUCAAGAAAAAGAAAAAUUAUACAGAGCUAUUGAUUACCAAGAAAAUACCGCACCGACUCACUAUCCUGAAACGUACGAGAUGAUCGAUACCCGAUUUCUUUUACACGAACUUCAAAUUAUAAUUUUGGAUAUGGCUAAAGACCAUCCGUGUAUUUUGGAUCUUCAACUACACGAUGUUCGAGCGUGCUUCAAGUCGAGGCCGUCCGCCAAUGCGAUUUUUGUUACAGCAUCGAUCAAUGAGAUGAAACUUUUAGGAACGAAGCAAGAUGAACAGGUUCCAUCGCUUUUUAAUUCUCACGAGCAUAGCGCGGAUGCUGUUUUAUUGUCCAUAUCGUAUGAAAAAAAUCCACUUGAUAAAUUGUGUGGCGAUCGUGUCAUUGUGAAGUCAACGUCCGUGGAUAUUAUUUAUGAUGCACAAACUGUAAUAGAAUUGGUUAAUUUGUUCAAAGUAGAAAACUCGUCGACUUUAAAUCAACUACAAGCAGCUGCAGCAGAGCAAUUGGAAGGUUUGAAGGAAAUGUCUGCUUUAGGUUUGGAGCAUGCUAUUCAAAAGCAUUCAAUAUUGGACAUGCAGGUUGACAUGCAGGCAUCCCAGCUAAUCGUUCCGCACGAUGGAUUCUAUAACGAUACAAAAUCACUGUUGGUAGUAAAUCUUGGUAGCCUAAAAAUGCAUUCCUUAGAAAACCCAAAAGACGAUAAAACGAACGUAACUGUUAAACAGUUAAUCAGCAUGGGUAAAAGCGAAGAGGAUGUAUUGUUGCAUCUUAGGGAGCACAGUUACGAUAAAUUUGUUUUAAAAAUAGUCGAUUUUCAAGUAUUAGUUUCACUGCCAGGAGAGGAAUGGCGCACAAUUUUAUCGAAAGUAGAUGAUUCCAUGACGCUACUGCAACCAACAACACUCGAAAUUCAAUUUCACAAAUGCUUGAUAACCGAUGAUCCUCUGCUUCCAAAACUUAGACUUAUUGGUCAGUUGCCAUCGGUUGUAAUCAAUAUAACGGAUAAACGCUUGUUACAAGCCCUCUCUAUUGCUCAGAGUCUACCGUUCCCACAAGAAGAGGAACCCACAGAACUUCGGAAAUUUUCACUCAGUAAGUCCGUUUCUCAAUUAUCUUUGUUGAAAGAGCUAACUACAAUUUCCGAGAAGAAGAAGGAGGCGGUUGUUUCGGUUAAACAGACAACUGAUUUGGAAAUGAAAUUUGAAAUGAAAGAAUUUUCGUUGUUAAUUUCGUCUCAAAAGAACGGAUUGAUAACGCCGUUUAUGAAUCUCGAGGUGUUACAAUUGGAAGCAGAAAUGUUACAACGGACGUACGAUCAAGAAAUAUUAUUGAGAUUGGGCGGUAUUCAAGUGAAGCAACAUUACAAAGAAACAGACAUAUUUAUGGUGAACACUCCUAUGUCAUCUGGUAAAGAUGAAUAUCUGAUAACAGUACAGUAUAUAAAUGUAAACAAACGUUCGCCAGAAUUUACGACCAAACACGGAUCCGUUAUUAAAUUAUUAAAACUGGAAUUUACAACGUUGGAUGUUUUACUUCACCAGGAAGCUCUUAUAAGUCUUCUUCAGUUUGCUACUUAUAUGCAGGAUCAAAUGAAUGCUAUAACGAGCAGUAGAAUUGAGAAAGAGCGUCGAAUGCGUCCACGCCAUUUGACUUCUAUUCAAGAAGAAACGUCUGCAUUCUUCAAGGAACAAAUUCAGAAACAAAAGUUUAGAUCAACAUCUCGUCGAAGAAAAGCAGUGAUCGAGGAUAUAGAUUUAAAGAUUCAAGCGAAAGUUGGAACUAUCUGCAUGAAGUUAGUCAGUGAAUGCAGAGAAAUCUCUGCCUUUUAUAUCGCCGGUAUCACUGCUGGAUUCAUAAUGAAGACUUCUUAUUCUCAAGCAAACGUUAAUUUAUCAUCUAUCAGUAUUAUAGACCUUAAUGCUGCAUCCGCUUAUAGAGACAUUGUAUCAGUAGCGGAGUAUACAGAAUCGUUACAAAUUCAAGCUACGAUGUACAAUAUUGAACCGACAAAUGUUGAUAAGAACAAUAUGUCCAUCACCGUUUUAAUGGGUUGUUACCGUAUUAUCUUUUUAAAUAUGUUUGUCACUAGUAUUAUGAGUUUUUUGAAUAAUUUUCAAGCAGCCCAGCAAGCUAUAAAAGACGCGUCAGCAGCAGCCGCAGAGGCUGCGAGGACAAACAUCAAAGAUGUUCAAGAAAGCGCUGCACGUAUUGGGCUUGCAGUGAAAAUCAAGGCUCCUGUAAUAUAUGUACCAAUGCAUUCGAAAAACAAUCAUUGUUUAACGCUGGACAUGGGUAAUCUUACUAUAUGCAAUGUUUUUAAAAAAUUGGAAGUUGCAAAUGAAAACGGGGAUUCCCCAAUUGUCGAUGAAAUGAAAAUUGAAUUACAAAACUUGAAAUUAUCAAGGGUGAAAUUGAACAUGGAGAAGUUUGAAAUCGAAAAUGAAAUAUUACUAUUAGAACCGGUCAGCUUCACAUUGCUUAUUAAACGGAAUUUAUCAACUGCGUGGUUUACAUCUAUACCGGACAUUGAUAUGUCCGGAAGAUUAAAUAAAAUUAAUGUGCUAAUAAGUAAAGAAGAUUAUGUGACUGCGUUGAAAGUGUUGGAAGAAAAUUUGGGCGAAGUGGCCGAAGACACGAAAUUCGUGCAAAAUGUUAGUCAAAACGAAAAGAAACUUGAAGUAGAAGUUCUGCAACACCAUCGAUCCGAUGAAUUUGGAGAACCCACUGUGUCAAGUAUGGAAGAUAGAGAGUUUCAAGAACAAGUGAACAUACACACAUCCAUUAAAUUUGAGUUUGUUAUGGAUAGUCUUGUGAUCAGUUUAUUUACGGGUGGUUCAAAAAUGCUUCGAUCGCAAAGUUCUCUUCUACAUCUGCCAGAGAAUGGUUUAGCCAAAUUCUGUUUGACUCAUUUCGCGCUGAAAGGUAGAAUAUUUGCUGAUGGAUUAAUGGCAACAUCGAUACUUCUGAUGAACUGUACGUUGGACGACACGCGUCAAAGUAGACAAGGUUCUCUUAUCAGAAUUAUGGAAAGAACAACAGAAGUACCUUCUAUAGACGACUUGGAAAAUGAAUCAAAUUCUGUUCGCAGCAUGUUAGACAUGACUAUCAGACAGAGUUCAAACGACAUGUUCGUGGAUGUUAGAGUAUUUUCCUUCAGUAUAAUUGUAUCACUUGAUUAUUUAAUGAAAAUAAAGGACUUUUUCGCGUCUGAAGAAGCACCGUCGAAUAAGGCGAUGCCUCAAAAUAUAUCGAAGAAUUAUAACGAGUCUGUAGUUAAAAAGAAACAAACUCAAGCUGUACCGAAUAACAAAAUGUUCACGAUUAAUUUACACGUCGAGAAGCCGGAUAUCAUUCUCCUCGAAGACAUGGAUGACAUAAACUCAAAUUGCAUCAUACUAAAUACCGAGCUGUUACUGAAAGUACGUUUGAUGGGUGAACAUCAAGUAAUAACAGGUUCCAUAAAAGAUUUAACGAUUUUGGCUGGUAUAUACAAUCCACAGAAGAGAAGCGAUUGGAUAUAUCAGGUCCUAAGACCGUGUAGUAUUAGCGUAGCGGGUUCCACGCUGGAAGAGAAAGGACUUCAUGUCGAUGUUUGUUGUACUGACAUUCACGUAUCCGUUUCCCCAGGUGUCAUAGAGAUAUUGAAUAAAGUUGUUCAUACUGCUACAAAAACGGAAGUAAAAGAUGAAGAAGUUGUAAUUUCUGAACCAAAUCACAACGGAUUGUGGAUCAUAACGCCGUUCGAAGAAAAUGAUUUUUGGUUUUUACAUACAGAGGUAGGAAUGGAAGCUAUGGAAAAUCUUUCGUUCACUGAUCACGAUGUGACACUCUAUAAACCAGAAUUAGCAAUAAUAUCUGCGCCGACAAUUUUGUUCACGUUAGAAGCAGGCGUUGGUAAUAAAACAUUACCCAUGCUUCUGCUUCACAUCGGGUUCCAAAGCAACGUAAACGAUUGGAGCUCAAAAUCUAUGAGUGUGGAGGGUACAAUGUCACUGAUAAUGGCGUAUUACAACAGCCGUCUCGCGUUAUGGGAACCAUUGAUCGAGCCAAUAGAAGCCACUAAAAAUAAAAAACGAAUCUCAACACCUUGGGAACUAGAAACUAAAAUUCAAUUCAAUGACGUGGCAGUAAAUUCUAGGGGAGCGAGCGUAAUGAGCCCGACUUCGGACAGCGAGCCAGAAGAAUGGCAUCAGAUCCCUAAAAUGUCUAUAGAUAUAAUAUCUUCUGAAAAUUUAGAAAUAACCGUAAGCAAAACUUGUUUGGACGUACUUAAACAACUUGGCAAUGCGUUCUCGUCGGCGAUGGAAGCCAGUGAAACGGGAACCGCGAAAAGUGUGGCGCCCUACGUACUUAAAAACGAGACUGGCCUAGCAAUGGUUCUAGAUUUGAAACGCAGUCACUUCAAGGUUUUUAACGAUGGAUCGACGACUGUGAAUGAUAGCGUCGUUUCAUACAUGGAAGUAAUUCUGGAAUCUGGCGCGUCGAUAGAGCUGGCACCGAAAACAACAAAAACAGAAAUACCUUUGCUCGACCAAGUGAAAACCGAAUCGAUUCAAGAGAGAGAAGAUGACAAGUUUAUUAUCACGUUCAAAGAAAUCGGUGGUACUUUGGCUAUACCAGUCUUAAGAGCCGAUAAGAGAUUCUUCUCGUUAAGAUACCGGAAAGAAAGUUCUGAAGAAUGGGGUAUCGUGUCAGAUGUUGUAGUCGAUGAAGGAAGUACUAUCGUUACUCUUAGAAGCAUCCUUCAGGUGCAUAACCAUUUCAGUGAACCGAUAUCGGUAUAUUAUAUGACUAAACGUGGAAAUGAAGUCGAAUGCGUGGGCACCGUUGCUCCGGACAGUAAAUUAAAUCUUCCACUAGAUGCUGUAUACACACCAACGAAUAUUUAUUGGUUGUUUUUUAGCGUCGAUCGGUACAUGGUUUCGAUAGAGCCAUUCGUGUGGAAAGAUCUCCAAAAAACUGUCUCUAUGAGCAAACUUUUAAAGUGUGAAAGUCGAACGAAACAAGAUGUCGUAGAACCAUUUUAUAUAAAGGUCGUAGGUGAAAUAGAACAGGUUUACUUUGAAAAUACUAGCCGACACACGAUGGCAAGUACCAUUUACAAUGUUCACUUAUAUCCAUCUGUGUAUUUGAAGAACUUCCUGCCUAUUGAUAUAAUUGUAUGUUUACCUGGAGCUGUGCAAGAGAAGCUUUUAGAAGCAGGCACAUCUUAUCAAAUUCCUACAAUUGAUCCUGGAAAAUCAUACAUAAUCAUAAAGUUACCAAAUUAUUUAGAGAAGGAUUGGUCAUGUCGGGGUGAACUAAUAGCAAAUCCACCGGAAUUUUCAGUUUGGUCAUUCGAGUCUUUUGACAGUGUACAAAAGGUCGUGUUAGACUUGGGAAUGCAUACAUCUUACGAACAUGGAUCUAUAGUCAUGGCAUUGUAUUGUCCGUUUUGGAUGUUGAAUAAAACAGGUUUAAUGUUGUCUUACAAGAAGUCGAGUAAGGGUGGUAAAGAACAUUCAAGCCCGAUAAAGAGUUUGGGUUGUGUCAGGAAACCCUGUCAACAACGCGGUGAAUACAGGAAGGAGAAACCAUGUUCAGUGAGCGGAGAUGAUUUUUUGAAUGUAUUGUAUCACCCGGAGAAUUUCAAAGGACCCAUAUUAUUUUCAUUUCGCUCGAAAGUAUUUUUUGGGAAAAAGAAGGCGAUGAUUCGAAUCGAAGACGGCGAAUGGUCUGAGAAGUUCCCAAUAGAUGUUGCAGGAAGCGAAGGAGUAGUCGUUUGCAGAUAUAAUGGAUUGACGUACCAGAUCGGGGUGCACAAUCAGUUGACGUACAAUUCUUUAACGAAACAGAUUACGUUUACUCCAUACUAUGUACUCAUAAAUAAUUCGAAUUUUCUGAUCGAAUGUCAAGAAGGUGACAGACCAGCCGAUCCUAUGAUGAAGAUCCCUCCUGGCGAAUGUACUGCUCUUUGGCCCCGUUCUGAAAAUGAACAAAAAACUUUAAGAGCUAAGGUCGCUAGUGAACCUGAAAAAACUGCACCAUUCGUUUAUACAGAUAGUCAUACAACUUUAUUAAAAUUAAAUAAUAAGUACGGUGGAAUCAAUGUGGAUGUACAAAUAAGCGAGGGAGGAGUUUACAUUUCCCUUUCUGCUUAUACUUAUGGAAAUGCUCCGGCUCUAAUUAUCAAUCACACGCCGCAUACUAUUCAUUUUUGGGAGAAAGGUUCAUUGAACGUCAGAUCCGUGCAGUCAUUUAAUAGGAUGUUUUAUACAUGGGAGAAUCCAGCUGGACCUCGGAAAUUAAUGUGGGAGGAUAAUAAUAAGAAAGAGAUCGAACAUACUCUACGAAAGGAUUUUUUAGGCGCUUUUCAUUUGCCAGAUUUGGACGAGGAAGUGUUUCACGUAUCGUUUUUGGACGGCACGCAACGAAUACUUCUGUUCACAACGAGUAUGAAAAUUGCAGAAGACUGUCAGCUUGUAGGUGAUCUUGAAACUAUAGAACAGGAAGUGACAAUAAGUAUUCACGGGGUUGGACUUUCGCUUGUUAACAACGUAACGAGAAUAGAAUUAUUAUAUAUGUGCAUAGCCAGUUCUGAUAUCAUAUGGGAAACGAGUAAGUCAUCCGCUCAUCGUUGGCGUGGUAUCAGUACAAGAGAUGUGAUACUUAUCGAAGAAGGUUAUCAGAAAUAUAUACGGGAAUUACAAAUAGGAAAGGACCCACCAUACAGAGUGAUGCUCGAACCAAAAUUGGAGGUCGAUUACUUGAACAUGGAAAUGUUAAGACCACAUCAUAGAACUCUGCGACGCACGUUUCAAACCGGUCUAUGGUUACAGUAUCGAGCAUCGCUACACCAAGUCCAGUUGCACGCAAAAAUCAAUAGACUUCAAAUCGACAAUCAACUUUCCGAUUGUGUUUUCCCAGUUAUAUUAGCUCCAGUUCCACCCCCAAAAAGCGUCACGCAAAGUACCGUAAUGAAACCAUUUGCUGAACUCGGCAUGGUUAAACGCUUAUUAGAGCACAGCAGUGUCCAGCAGUUUCGGUACUUUAAAGUUCUUAUACAAGAAUUUCACGUGAAGGUGGAUAUUGUAUUUAUUAAUGCAAUAAUGGGGCUGUUCGAAGCGAAUGAAAUGAACGACGCGGAAACGAGCAAACUAUUUAAACUGGACAUGAAAUUGGUAGAUGAACCUUUAAUGUAUCAUGUCAGUUUAAUCACUACGGCAGAACAGAAGAACUUCUUUGAUUUACUUCAUUUCUCACCCUUGAAGAUUCACAUAAGUUUCUCAAUGGCUGGUAGUAACAGUGGACCUUCUGCAGUGCCUCAAGUAUUAAAUGUAUUAUUACAAGGAAUAGGUGUCACUUUAACCGACAUCAACGACAUUGUUUUCAAACUAGCGUAUUUUGAAAGGGAUUACGUUUUCAUGACCAACAAGCAACUCAUUUCUGAAGCAACGAUGCAUUACGUGGGACAAGCAAUUAAACAGGCGUACGUCCUCGUUUUGGGACUCGACGUAAUUGGCAAUCCGUAUGGACUUGUAGUUGGUACUAUGAAAGGUAUUGAAGAUCUGUUUUACGAACCUUUCCAAGGCGCUAUACAAGGGCCCGGAGAAUUCGCAGAAGGUUUACUCUUCGGCGUAAAGAGUAUGUUGGGCCAUACUGUCGGAGGAAUGGCUGGAGCAGUUUCUAGAAUAACCGGAGCUAUGGGCAAAGGUAUAGCUGCUCUUACCUUCGAUAAAGAUUACCAAAGGAAACGACAAGAACAGCUCAACAGACAACCUACUAACUUGCAAGAAGGUCUUGCUCGUAGUGGAAAGGGUUUAGUAAUGGGUGUAGUCGACGGUGCAACUGGCGUGGUAAUGAAACCUAUAUCGGGAGCUAAAGAAGAAGGUGUAGAAGGUUUCUUCAAAGGUUUUGGAAAAGGUGUCGUUGGCCUCGUCACUAGACCAACUGCUGGCGUUAUAGACUUUGCCAGUGGGUCGCUUGGAGCAGUGAAACGCGCCACCGAGUUGAGCGAAGAAGCGAAAAGAGUAAGGCCGCCUAGAUUUUUCCAACCAGACAAUUUAGUCAGACCAUAUAUACGGGAAGAAGCUGAAGGACACAAGAUUCUAAAUGAACUGGAGAAAGGAAAAUACGCAAACACCGAUAUCUAUUUUUAUCAUGUAUUCGUUCUUAAAGAUGUAGUGUUGCUCACAGACAAGAGGAUAGCGUACAUAGAGCAUAGCGAUUUAUUCGGUGGAUGGCGAGUCGAUUGGACUUACACGUGGCAAGAAAUCAGCGCGUUACCGAAAGUAGUCGAUAGAGGAAUCCAGAUUUUUGUUAAGGGUAGCGGUAAGGGGAAAAAACUCGGAAACUUAUUUGGUCGCGCAGACCAAUCAAAAAUAAUUUUAAUACCAGAUGAUAGAACGAGACAGCUUUUAUGCAAUAAAAUGAAAGAACAAAUCAAUCAGAGAGAGAUUUUAAUAUCAUCGAAACCAAGCAAGAAAGUAGGUGACACAUAAAACACAUACUUUAAUACCGAAGUACAGUUAUUUAAACUGAUAGUGCCUAGCGUCGUAAACUUAUAUUAAGCUUUGCAAGCGAAAUUUCACAAAUUCUAUUAUUAUAUACAUUAUAAAAAAAAAAAAAGAAGUUUUCUAUAAACACUAUUUACAAGACUGAUGUUUAAUCGAAACCAGUUUAAGGUGAAGGAAGAUCAGUAUAUAAUUUUCUAUUUAUUACGUUCCAAUUUCAUUUUUAAAGUUCCGAUAUUUUUUCUUAUCGUCUGUUAAUAUUUUUACCGUUGAAUGUGCCGAUUUUAAAUUCCAUAAAACGUUAUGAUAUUAACGACACUUAACAAAUCGCUUCUUACAUUUUCAAUCGAUGCAUACAGUAGUAACUAUCAUGUUAUGCAGUAUUAUGUGAAAUCAUUAUUAUAGCAAUCGUCUUUAUCGUUAAAGGUUCUUCAUACAUUUAUACAUACACAUAUUAUAUGAAUGAAAGAGUAUAUGACCUUGAAAUGGUAAUGUUAAUAUUUAAUUAUUUUCGUAUACAAAGUUACGCAUAGAAUCCAAUAAAAAGAAUCGUCAAUCAAAGUACAGAAUAUACACAGACCUGCAGCUUUCGUAAAAUAUUUUACGCUGUGCUUCGCGAACGAUAAUUUUUAUCGAUGCAUAAUAAUAGUCUUAAUUGCAUGAUUAUAAAAUAAGGGAAAAUAAGUUCAGUACAUUCGAAUGAUUUUUAGUAGAUUGUUCACAACGAUAUUAUAUUUUUUGUGUCAUGUUACGUGAUAAUAAGUUUAAUCAAAGUUAAUUUUAUAUGCUAUAUGCACAGAAGCGAGAGUGCAAAUUUAAGCGCACAUCUUAAGUUCGAUUAAACCUCUAUGUGUACCUGCCUAACUAUGUUACCAUUGUACAUAUAAAUACAAAAUAUUUCUAAAGAUAUCGUUUUUAUAUCGUGUAUGACAAUUGUUUUUUCUUAGAUAUUUAUCGUCAAAAUUUGAUAGUAAGUUCGAGUAUCUUUACAUACAAUAUCGUAAGAUUUUUUGUACAGUUUGUUACUUGGUUUAUAUACAGUAUGAAUCUACAUUGUAUUUCGACUAAUUAUAGUAUCAGCCAUAUUUUUAAUAUUAUGUAUUGCGCGUUCUUAGAGACAGCCGGUACCGACCGUUGAUAGCAUAUAAUUAUUACUAGAAAAUGUACGCGUGCGAGUUAAAUACACACAUAUAUUUAAAAGUGGAAGAAAAAUGUCCAAAGAUGUUUCACUGUAUCUUUCACAGCUUAUAAGCUACAUACGUUACUAUUGGAGACGUACGAGAACCCAUGCGUCAGAAGAACUAGAGCCAAUAUUUUAAUACAUCUUUCAUUCUCAUUAUUAUCAGAGUCAUAACAGAGACUGAAAUUGGUUACUUCAAUGAACAAUAGAUAUUUGUUAUUAUUUACUUAUUAAAGUAAAACGAAGGAUUUUUAUUUGAUAAUUAUUCAAUCAUACUUUUCUUUUGGGAACCCAACCCAACCAUCCGGUUCUUGCACGCCUCUAGUUAUUGUACAAUCUAAACUACCCUUCAAAUGAAUGAACUAUUUAGAACACGUUGAUGCUGAAGAAAGAUAUAUCUGUAUUGUUAUACAAUAUUAUUUGUACAAAAGAAAUGUACUAUACGUUAAGAGAAUUAAAUCUUUUGCUUUGUAUUGCUUUCUUUAAUUUCGUCUUUCGUUGUGUAUAUAUAGUAAGAGACUUUAAUUCUUAUCUCGUUUAACGUGCAUUGUAUUCCGUAUAUCGUCACCGAUUACUAUGCACGGUAAAUGUUUCUGUACAUCGUACGAAGCGCUGUAAUUGUAUACGUUUAUAUUGU